AUUAUCACAGUGGUCAUGGCGCUCGCUCGAAAUGUCAGCGAGGUAGCGUUUCAUUUAAACAAUGUGAAUUAUUAGUAUAUUUUGAAUGAUGUAGCCGUGUUUAGUGCUGUGCGCGGCGAGAGCGCCCAAAGCGCGAUGUCCGUGGAUGAGGCAAAUGCGAGCGGAGAUAUAAAAUCUUCCUUCGAAGAUAGCACGGACAGUGAAAAUGAAACAGAGACGAAACCUUUGUUACGGAGGAUAUCAACCAGCAAAUGUGUUGGUAGGCUGCCGGUGGUCAGAGAGGGUUACCUGAUGAAGCAGACCCGUAGUUUUCAGCGAUGGCAACGACGGUACUUCAAGCUGCGCGGUCGCACUCUCUAUUACGCAAAAGAUAAAGAGAGCCAGCUUUGGGACGAGUAUGAACUAGAAGACGCAACAUACGCGGAAUGCAGCAUCAACAAUGCCAACCAUAGUUUUCAAGUGAUAACUGCUAGCCGUUGUCUCGUGCUUUGUGCUGAGAACCGAAGCGAUAUGGAGGCGUGGUCAGCGGCGUUGCGCGGCGCUCUUCACAGUGGCUCCAAUGUGGCUGAUCUCGUGGCGAGUUUAUCUCGAGGAGACCAUCACUGGUACGCAGCAACGCACGCGAGGCCGACAUUCUGUAAUGUAUGCCGCGAGUCGCUCGGCGCGCUUGGCACAGCGCACGCCCUUGCCUGCGAACUUUGCAAGUUCAAGGCGCACAAGCGAUGUGCUGCGCGUGCGCCGCCAUCUUGCAAAUGGACCACGCUGGCGUCGCUUGGACCCCAUCUUGUGGAGGACACUGAAGGGAAUAUUAUUAUGCCACAUCAAUGGCUCGAAGGAAACUUGCCGGUUGCGGCCAAAUGCGAUGUGUGUGACAAAACAUGCGGUUCUGUGCUCAGGCUUCAAGACUUCCGUUGCAUCUGGUGCCGUAAAUGCGUCCACGCGAACUGCCGACCCAGCUGGCGUGCUUACUGCUCCUUGGGACCUGCUAAAGCAUCAGUAGUCCCACCCACAAGACUCCACUCUGUGGGCCCUGAUGAUGGGUGGCUUCCCGAUAGACCCCCUAACGCCUCACCUCUCAUCGUGUUUGUUAAUUCUAGAUCUGGUGACAAUCAAGGCGUGAAGUUCCUUCGUCGUUUCAAGCAAUUGUUGAACCCAGCGCAGGUGUUUGAGUUGAGUGGCGCCGGGCCGCGUCUCGGUCUGCGGCUUUUCAGACACUUUGCACCGCUCCGAGUGCUUGUCUGCAGUGGGGAUGGAUCAGUUGGCUGGGUGCUCCAGGAAAUCGAUAAACUUGACAUCCAUCGACAGGUACAAACUGCUGUUUUACCUCUGGGCACGGGCAACGAUCUCGCCCGAGUAUUGGGCUGGGGAUCCUCUUGUGAUGAUGCAGCCAACCUGCAACAGUUGCUGGAACGGUAUGAGAGGGCUUCCACCAAGAUGCUAGACAGAUGGUCAAUAAUGUCAUUUGAACGUGCUCUAACUGCACCUCCGCCGCCACCAGUUCCGCCCGACUUGCUUGAUGAGAGCGCACUACUGAAUAACCUGCAAGAGAUUGUUCAGGCGGGUGAGGCAGGUGAAAUAAAUAGCGAAGCCCGUGCAGCAUUGCGCGAAGGGUGCGUGCGUUUAGCGAACGUGGGCGAACGGGCCGGCGGCGGAGCGGCACGGGCUGCACAUCGCUUGCGACGCGCGCUGUCUUUGCUGCUACAUGCGCGGGCACACAUAGCGCACGAUCACGCUAAAUGCGAGUCUUGGGAGGCAUUAGAAUCAACAAGUGAUAGUGAGCCCGAAACUCAACUCGUUGCCGAAAAGGGCAGUAUUGAAAAGACUGAAAAGGAGCAACUGAAUUGGGCGGCGCGAGGGUGCGCACUGGCAGGACGCGCGGACAGCGUAAGGCGGGCUCUGCGAUCACUUGUGCGAACACUCACGUUGCUUUACCCACCGGAAGCAAACACGGGGGAACAUAACGCUAAAGAGGUAGAGCCAGCUAACACGGCCGAAAAUGAAAUGUCAGCACUUCCGGUGCCCAAAGCUUUUGCUGAUAGCCGGCGGUCAUCUGCUGCAAGUGCUAUCUCUGCCGCUUCUAUGCAACCUGAAAACAUUCCAGAUGUAGACGAAGACAUAGCUAAGUUAAUUAGUACUAACCCAACAGAACAAGCUAAUUUGGAGGUAGAGAAACGAGACCGGAGUAAAGCCAGUUCCGCUUCACCCCAAGACCGCCUUUCGCUUUCAAAUUUAUCCUCCUGUGAUACUAGCUCCUGCAGGAAUCUUCUUAGACCUGACGGGGAACAAGCGAGUGCCACUUACAAUAGCAGUAGUUUAACUAUACCUAACCUAGUCGUGUCAGAUGAUAGUGAUAAGAGAUCGUUAAUACAGGGAGAAACUUAUGAAUCGGACCAAUUGACUAUAAUAGACAUCGACAAACCGUAUACGGAUGAAGUCCAUUUUCACGAUUUGUGCGAAAGAGCGGCGUCAGCUAGCGGCGACUGCACCCCAGAGAGAAAACUUUCUAGCGUAGACUUAGAGAUUGAUGCGACGAGCUCAGAAGGGUCCAACAUUAGCGAUGAUUUUAGCUUAAUCUCGGAAAUUAUUGAUACAAAACCUGAAGAACUAGAGGAAGGAGGUGGAAUGGGACACAUUGAUUCCCCUGAAAUAUCAGAAACAACAUACAUGAACUCGGAAACUAUACAUGGAGAAUCUAUUAUGGAUGAUAUUAGCUCGAUGCUGGGGCAAGAUGUUCUUCUAGCCAUGAUGGGCAAAAACGGAGACAACGAAACAUACACAGACGACACGACAUUAUUUACUUCUGAUACAGUAUCAGACAUUCCCUUUGAUAGUCGUAAUCCCAGUAUAGAGAAAACACAAGAACCAAAAAACAGGUACAUAUCGAAAAUAAAGAAACCUAUAGAUGCCGACGUAGAAAAAUUUGGUUUUGAAAAUAGGGUAUUUUACCUGGAAAAUGCGACUAAAGCUGAAGAACAAGUCAAAUACUGUAGCUUAGCACAGUUUGAAGAAGGAAGCGAUAUAGCGAGGAAAUCAUUUAGAAAACACAUGCGUAAAAGUGUAAAAAAACGUGUUGAAGACGGCGGUGUGAAACAUUUGCUUCCCAGAUCAACAACAGAGGAGGUGCUUAAAACCGAAGAGACAUCUCGUGAAGGUUCGCCAAAACCCCAAACGUUACUCGGCUUGGAAGAGAAAAGGUUAGUAGAACACGAGCAAACGCCAAUGUUUCCCCAAGUCAGUGUUGUAGUAGAACCUCCAUCGCCUUCGCAUAGUGAUGAUAAGAAAAGUAUAAAGAGCUCAAGUAGAAUGGCUUCAGUAUUGAGUGACAUUUUCGAUCACGGCACAGACACGUUGAGUGUACACUCGCCAGAGCCAAGUAUGUCUACUGCUAGAGAACGUCGUCAAUCAGAUAAUCCACGACUUCUUGGCUCUGACUCGGAGUAUGGACAGUUUUUAAGCUGUUCACCGGCGGCUACGAGACGAAUAUCAUGCGGAAGUCUUUUCAAGCCUGGCGAGCCUGACAACAGACUAUCAACAUCCGUGUCGUCGAUUUGGGGGGAAGGCGGUUCAUUUGGAGUUUGUCAAACAAAGUCGGAAGCUAGUGACAAAGCUAAGAAACUGCCAAUAAUCAAUCCCUUAGUUCAACUGCCCGCUUGGCCCCACGUCACUCAAGGGUUUAUAAGCCAAUGUCUCCUUGCAAAUGCUGAUGCUCUUUGUGCAGCUGUAAGCCCGUUAAUGGACCCGGACGAAACACUUCUGGAAGGAUUCUACGAAAAGGCUGUGAUGAAUAAUUACUUUGGGAUUGGGAUUGAUGCAAAAAUUACUCUGGAUUUUCAUAAUAAAAGAGAAGAACACCCAGAGAAGUGCCGGUCGAGAGCCAGAAAUUAUAUGUGGUAUGGUGUUCUGGGAUCUAAAGAAUGGGUCAACAGGACAUAUAGACAUUUAGGCCAACGAGUCCAACUUGAAUGCGAUGGUCAGAGAAUUCCAUUACCAGAACUUCAGGGCAUCGUUGUCCUAAAUAUACCAUCGUUCAUGGGUGGAACCAACUUUUGGGGUGGUACACGCGGGGAUGACCUAUUUUUGGCGCCAUCUUUUGAUGACAGAGUUCUGGAAGUAGUCGCGGUAUUUGGUUCAGCGCAAAUGGCAGCAUCUCGUCUCAUAAACCUGCAGAAGCAUCGUAUAGCCCAGUGCCGGGCAGUCCAAAUUAAUAUCUUGGGAGAUGAAUGUGUUCCCGUGCAGGUGGAUGGAGAAGCUUGGCUCCAGCCACCGGGAUGUGUAAGGAUCAUACACAAGAAUAGAGCUCAGAUGUUAUGCCGUUCUAGGGCCCUGGAGACUAGUUUAAGAGCAUGGGACGAAAAGCAACAACAGAAGUCCCAAGUUGGUGGAUCAGUACGUGCUUUGCCACCAUCGGAAGCCGCUCAUCUGCUAAGCCUACUAGAUGAUAUCAACACUAUCGUUAAGCAUGUGAAGUUAGCAUGUAUCAGUGAAAGUGGGUCUGGCAGGAUAUCAAGUGCUCUGUCAACAGCCAGACGUGUGGCAGCACAAGCUGACGCCUUACAGGAUGCGGAUGGCAGAUUACUUCCCGCUCCACAGCUAAGAAGAUUGCUUGCGGCUCUGAUUGAAAGCUGCCAUGAGCUGCUGGAUAGUGGGGCGGUAGGCAGUGCGGCUUGUGGUUUGCGCGCGCAACUUGCACGGUGCGUCAUCAAAGACGGAUUCGUCUAUAUCAACGCUGAAGAGGCCCCGAAGAAAAGCAGCCGCUGGCUGAGAAGUCGCCGAAGCGUGUCCGAAGGUGGCACAGCGCCAGCGCAGACUGCCCAAGUCAGGUCGUGGGGCAUCAAAGAAGUCCAAGCCUGGCUAGAGACCAUAGAGCUAAGCGAAUACUCUGAAGCUUUCGCGAAACAUGACAUCACCGGGCGGGAACUCUUGUCCCUGGCCCGCCGUGACCUACGCGAUCUGGGAGUGACGAAAGUAGGACACGUCAAGAGGAUCCUUCAAGCUGUCAAAGAACUACAGUGACGUCGACGUGGUCGUUCUCAGGAACGACCACAAGUAAAAUAUUACAAGUAGGUAUUCACAGAUAAUGACGGCCAGUAUGUAUUUGUAAGUUGCAAAAAUGUAUAAGCAAAUAAUGCAAAUGUAGGAAAGUACAAUUUACUGAAUUAAAACGUGCUUAAUUAUGUCGUUGUAAUUCUGAAAAAUGUAUUUUCUAUCGAAAAGGACCUUAAACAUUUUACUUGGUCCUAAGCCAGACUUGUAUAUCACUUAUUGGAAUAUGGUUGCAAACGGUAGAAGUUUAAGACGUCAUUAUCAAUAGUGAUUACCAAUCUCCUUUUCCGCGAUCUAUUUAUAUCUUUUUGAAACGUCAUUUUUAUUCUUCGAUCCUAAAACGUUGUGAAUUUACUCUUAAAUUAAUAAAAGCUCAAGGAAUUAUUUUUAGGUUAAGGUCUUAGUGUGGAUCCCAAUCGCGUUUCCCCCUUAGAUGUAUGUAUGACCAAAGUAUAGUAUAUAGCCUAGUGAUUGUUUCUACGUACCUCCAUUUUAAUAGCAAAUUUAAUCAAAGAAAUAUAAAAAUAGGUUUGACCUAACCGAUUAUUAAGUAUAUCUCAUUAGUCACGGAACACAUACUGAUAUAAUCAAGCACACUUUCUAAUAUAAUACUUCAAAAUUUAAGUUUAACAAUAACAAAACUUUAAAAUUAAGGAACCUACGAGAUAAUUUCAUUCGUCGUAGUAGGGAUAAUACUGAUCUUCGAUAGUUGGAUUGACUCUAGCUUCGAUUAUUAUAAUUAUGAUAUUACAACGAAACCCAAUUACGAAUUAUUAAAUCUCUUGUAUAUUGGAUAUGAAAAUUCUAUAUUAAAGAUUGAUGCCACUCGUAGACAAAGAUAUGUUGCGAAAAGCGUGACCCACUGACGCCCGUAUACACGUGUUCGCGUGAGUUAAUGACAUUGGUCUAAAAUUAUACACUUUGUCCAGAACCCGGAAACAGAUGAUAUACAACAACGCAUCGAGUUUUGCGAAUUCAAACGACAUCUUUUUGUUAAACUUAUAUUUUGAAGCCUAAAGAAUUUCUUAGCCAAAGUUAACGUCAUAGGAUACAUUAUACUACUUGAAUAUAAUAAAAUUGCCAUAUUAAAAAUAAGUCUAUUAACCCUAAACCGAAUUCAUCUACCAACUAUUGUAAUAGCCUGUCAACCUUGAGUUGCAUAACCGUGUGUUGUUAAUAAACGUACUAUAAGCCGCAAUUAGUUAAAGAAUGUGUCUUUUAGUACGAUUAUUAAUAAAACCCUUAGUGGAGUAAUAGUAAUUGAAACAUAAAUCUAUUUUUACUAAUUUUGAAUAUCUAUAUCCACCAUUUGUUACUAUUAUACUGUAUUGUUUAAUUUAAUUUGGCAUCUUAUAUGCUUAGCAUACCUAUUUGUUAGUGCCAAAACUAUGCUUUCUCUCGUUACAUUGCCUUAUAUUCUUUAGAAACAUCGAAAGUAUACCUCUUUUUCGUAAAUCCAACGAAAUGAACAGGCUCCCGAAUUUUCAUUGCAAAUAAUUUCUUUGCAAACAUUCUUAUAGUUUGUAAGUUUUAUUCGUAAUCUUGUACAUUGUUAUACGAUUUGAAAUGUAAAAAUCUGUCAGAUAUUGAAUUUUUCUUAAUAAGAGGGAACAGACAGGCGAAUUUAGUAGUAAAAUCUUACCGAUUUUCAUAUAUUUGCUAUAUGUCUACACAUAUUUGUCAUAUAAAUUUCGUACUCUUCAUAAAAGCUAAAUCAUUCUUUUAAAACUAUUUUUUUGAACUCAAACUUACUAGUACUUAAUUAUUAGUCUACGUCUACAGAUAAAGUUAGUUUCUGACAGAUCGAACGCAUAUAUUUAGAUUCGAACGGUGACUUUUCGGGUUUACACAUUAUUUCUAUCGAUGUAUAUAUUAUUGUAUGUACUACGUAUCAUAGCUAACUCUUCGAUCUCUAAUCAUGGCAGCGUUACUACAAUUUAAAAGAAAAAUACUAAACCCCUUUUUCAUAAAAAAAAUAAUACGUCCAUUUGCUUUGAAAUUUUAUCUGAAGUAUUUAUUGUCUCUUUUCAUCACAACCUAAGCACAAUUUGACAGAAAGAGACGAAAGAGUACUCUGGCUCAAAGAGACUUUUGAGACUCAUUUGUUUUUUUAUGAAUAAGGUUAGAAUAUUUAAGGUAAAACAGUGUUAUAAGGAUGAUUUAGUUUUUACGAAUAAGGUUCGAAUCCAACGCCACGUGAUAUGGCGAAACUUAUCUUUCACUUUGUAUUCUAAUGAAUGUUAAAUUAAUAUGUUCCAAAUAUUAAAGUUCCAUUGUUGUAUCCCCGCUUAUUAUAUUAAACUAAAAAUAGAUAUUUAUAAAGUAUUUUAAGUAUUGCCAGACAUAUUGGUGACAUUAAAAACCGGUUAUUCGUAUAGACUUUUGUGCAUCAUAGUUUUGUACAAGAUUAAUCGACUUGACGAAAACUAUCGCGUUUAUAGUCGUAUUUUUGUCUGUGGUAAAAAAGUAGACAAUGUAAAAAUUUUAUCGGAUCUACCAUUACAUGCAAGUAAUUUGCAAAAUUAAAGUUUCCAUAUAAUAUUUCAUGGUUUUUGAUAUACGCGAGAGUUUUCAGUCGAAACUUGUAUUCAUAGAAAGCUAACUACGUAUUUUCUUCAAUUAUACAGAAUAAUUAGUCUAUUUUAAAACUCCAGUAGUUCCACAUUGAGUAGCUUCGCUUUAACAUAGACAUAAAUGCAAUUUAAACACUUUGACACAGAUAUUAUAGUUUUCAUUUGACUUAUAAUGAACAAUCCAAUAGAAUAUAGUUAAAUUUACGUAUAAUUAGGGUUAGUACACUAGGCGCAAUAGUGUAUUCAAUUUUAUUGGUCCGUAGAUAGUUUACUGUAGGUGUCUUAAUCUUGAUUCUAAAUGAUACAAGCAAUCUCAUUACAUUUGUCCCGAGGGACAAACUAAUGUGAAAUAUCGUUUAACAUAAAAUGUGAUCUCUCGUUUUUAAUCUGUAGUUCUAACGUGGUCGCGCUGGACGUUUUCCUUUUUGCCUAAUGGUAAAUUUAACUUUUUUAGUUUUCUAGAUAGACACAUUAAUCUAGGGAAACUCCAUCGCGAUCGCACCCUAAAGGAAUCUGCCUUAUAGGUGUUUUUAUAAAUUUACCUUUGAGGAGUUAUUUCUACUUUAGAGAUGAAUGAGUGUGUGUCUCAGCUGUACUAAAAGUCGUCCAUUAAAUGAUUACGGUGAAUUAAAACUUAACAAUCGAUUGUAUAAGUAACCGUUAACUUUUAAUUAACGACUCUUAGUGCGGCUAUAACUAUUUAUAUAAACAUUUCGCCGCCCAUCGCGGCAUUGCCUUAGAUCACUUAAAACUAUCUAUUGAAAUGCUAAAACAGACUUAAAGUCUUCGAAUAUUCGAUAAUAAUGUCGUAACUCGUAAUGUAUCUUCAAGUUUCGUUUUAGAUAAGUCAAUUUUUUUAUAAUUCUUGUACAUAAAUGACUGUUGUGAUAUGAAUGAACGUAAAUCAAUGUAUUCA